CUCGUGGGUGAAAAAAAAAAUGCCGCAGCUGAACGGCGGUGGAGGAGAUGACCUAGGCGCCAACGACGAACUGAUUUCCUUCAAAGACGAGGGCGAGCAGGAGGAGAAGAGCUCCGAAAACUCCUCGGCGGAGAGGGAUUUAGCUGAUGUCAAAUCGUCUCUAGUCAAUGAAUCAGAAACGAAUCAAAACAGCUCCUCCGAUUCCGAGGCGGAAAGACGGCCUCCGCCUCGCUCCGAAAGUUUCCGAGAUAAAUCCCGGGAAAGUUUGGAAGAAGCGGCCAAGAGGCAAGAUGGAGGGCUCUUCAAGGGGCCCCCGUACCCCGGCUACCCCUUCAUCAUGAUCCCCGACCUGACGAGCCCCUACCUCCCCAACGGAUCGCUCUCGCCCACCGCCCGAACCCUCCAUUUUCAGUCCGGGAGCACACAUUACUCUGCGUACAAAACGAUUGAACACCAGAUUGCAAUUCAGUAUCUCCAGAUGAAAUGGCCACUGCUUGACGUCCAGGCGGGGACCCUCCAGAGUAGACAAGCCCUCAAGGAUGCCCGCUCUCCGUCACCGGCACACAUUGUCCAGUGCCCCCUCCCUUGCUGCACUCAGGGACAUGACUGUCAGCACUUCUACCCCCCCUCAGACUUCACUGUCAGCACUCAAGUCUUCAGGGACAUGAAAAGGAGCCACUCCUUACACAAGGUUGGGGAGCCCUGGUGUUUGGAGUCGAACAAAGUGCCCGUCGUGCAGCACCCUCACCAUGUUCACCCUCUCACGCCGCUCAUCACGUACAGCAAUGAGCACUUCACCCCGGGAAACCCACCUCCACACUUACCAGCUGACGUAGACCCCAAAACAGGAAUCCCACGGCCUCCGCACCCUCCAGAUAUAUCUCCGUAUUACCCGCUAUCGCCUGGCACCGUAGGACAAAUCCCCCAUCCGCUAGGAUGGUUAGUACCACAGCAAGGUCAGCCAGUGUACCCAAUCACGACAGGAGGAUUCCGUCACCCUUACCCCACAGCUCUGACCGUCAACGCUUCCAUGUCCAGCUUCCUGUCUUCCAGGUUCCCUCCCCAUAUGGUCCCACCACAUCACACUCUACAUACGACCGGCAUCCCCCACCCGGCCAUAGUCACGCCAACAGUCAAACAGGAAUCCUCCCAGAGUGACGUCGGCUCACUCCACAGCUCAAAGCAUCAGGACUCCAAAAAGGAAGAAGAAAAGAAGAAGCCCCACAUAAAGAAACCUCUUAACGCAUUCAUGUUGUAUAUGAAGGAAAUGAGGGCCAAGGUCGUGGCCGAGUGCACGUUGAAAGAAAGUGCGGCCAUCAACCAGAUCCUGGGGCGAAGGUGGCACGCACUGUCCAGAGAAGAGCAAGCGAAAUACUACGAGCUGGCCCGGAAGGAGCGACAGCUUCACAUGCAGCUGUACCCCGGCUGGUCUGCGCGGGAUAACUAUGGCAAGAAGAAGAAGAGGAAAAGGGACAAGCAGCCUGGAGAGACCAAUGAACACAGCGAAUGUUUCCUAAAUCCUUGCCUUUCACUUCCUCCGAUUACAGACCUGAGCGCUCCUAAGAAAUGCCGAGCGCGCUUUGGCCUUGAUCAACAGAAUAACUGGUGCGGCCCUUGCAGCUCUGUGUGUGGAUCUUAGGAGACACGAGGGCGCGGGACACUGCUCUGUGAGGGAUGUGCUUGUCCUCCCCGCUGCUGCUAGCCAAAAUGCCACUGUAAAACAGCAUCAUUUGUGCCUCCUCGGGUCAGCGACAGCAAACCCCAGCGCGCCCCCUCCCAGGGAACGUUGCCUGCCAACCCCCUUCCUCAUGACAACCCAGGAUGGGGCUCAGUGACAUCCAUCGUAACCCUGGCCUAGGUAGAAGCAAACAACGUCACCUUUUCCCCUCCUUCUCUCUUCUAUUUUUAUUUAUUUAUUUAUUUUCCUUGUUGUAUUUUGGUUUCCAGUUGGUUUUUUUUUUUUUUAUGUAUGUGUGUGUGUGUUUUAUUGUUUUGUUUUAUUUUUUUCUUUUGCCUCAUAGAAGUCUUUUCUUUCAUGUCCUUGGUGAGGGAAGGCAAUCAGAGAGAGCCGAGGUCAUAGAGAAGACAAGUCAGCUGUAGCUGAGAUUUCACAUCCAACUGAGCAUGACCCACCAUUGUGUUGUAUU